CCUCUUUUUUAUCCCGAUCCAAACUUGAGGCUGUGGCUAAAGUUAGACUGGCCUGCGCCGGGGUAUAUAAGCCCCCCGGGAUGAACGUAGAACGCGGCUUCACCCUGUCUUCUCUUUCUUUAUCAUCCAAACCUCCACUCUAACCGUCCCAAGAUGGCACCAAAGAAGGCCAAGAGGAGGCAGGCAGCAGGAGACAGCGGCUCCUCCAACGUGUUCUCCAUGUUUGAGCAGAGCCAGAUUCAGGAGUACAAGGAGGCUUUCACAAUCAUUGACCAGAACAGAGAUGGUAUCAUCAGCAAGGAUGAUCUGAGGGACGUGCUGGCCUCAAUGGGUCAGCUGAACGUGAAGAAUGAGGAGCUGGAGGCCAUGAUCAAGGAGGCCAGCGGCCCCAUCAACUUCACCGUCUUCCUCACCAUGUUCGGAGAGAAGCUGAAGGGUGCCGACCCCGAGGACGUCAUUCUCACCGCCUUCAAGGUUCUGGACCCCGAGGCUACCGGAAGCAUCAAGAAGGAAUUCCUGGAGGAGCUCCUGACCACUCAGUGUGACAGGUUCAGCAAGGAGGAGAUCAAGAACAUGUGGUCCGCCUUCCCCCCAGAUGUCGCCGGCAACGUAGACUACAAGAACAUCUGCUACGUCAUCACACACGGAGAGGAGAAGGAGGAGUAAGGAGAAAAGGCCAGAAGACAAGAAAGACAACCAUCCCUUUGCUAUUCUGCCUUCCCUGAGCCCCUUCCUCUCCUCCUCCUCCUCCUCCUCCCUCGCUCGGCCUCUGUGUUAACGAACCCGCGGGCUCGGCUCGCUCAUGUGUUCAAACCAAAGACUUUGUCACAGGGACACAUGGGAGGGCCGACGCCCGCGGGCUUUCUACGUGUGCUUAUGGGGGAAUGGGGAUGAUUUUCAAUAAAAAAAAAAAUGAUCUUGUGAAAAAGACACAUCUUCCAUCCACAAUCUCCAAUCACCGCAACCUUCUGUCUUCUCACCUCGACAUCUGUGUCCUGCCCCCGUCACUUCCGCCCCCCCCCCCCCCCCCCCCCCCCCCGGGGUGUUUUGUGUGUAUACAAGGACUUCAUUCCAAAUUUUGAAGAUGUCCUGUUGGGUAUGGAGGAGGUGAGAGGGGGGGAGAGCGUAGGGCAGCUUAGAGAGGGGGGGGGGGGAAGUUGCUUUGCUUUAAAAGUGACCGCAACUUUCCUUCACCUUUGGAAAUGUAAAGAAAAAAAAGAAAGAAACUGACCGAAGGAGAGGAGAGAAAGGGACGAAAGAAAACAUUCAACUCUUCGAUUUCUCUCUCCCCGCUCCUUCCUGCAACCGUCAAAAUCACCUCCUCUCUUCCCCCGUGAGCCGCCUCGACUUCAGCGACUGGACUCUUUCCUCUGUAACGAAUAAAAGGGAGAAAAAAAAAAAUGUGAAUAAAAAUCUCUUUCUUUUUGUA